AUGGAUAUUACUUUGGCCCCAGAAAAAACAGAAGCGGUCGUGGUCAGAAGAAAAAGAAACAGGACGGGAAUAGAAUUUCAACUAGGAGGCAGAACAAUCAGCCCAAGCAACGAAGUCAAAUAUUUGGGAUGCAUCCCUAUUGAUUUUCUGGUAAAUGAAAGGGGAAGGCUAUACAACAGAGAACCAACAAGUGUGAUAAGGAACACAGAAAGAAUAGAAAGCAUAAGAAUGUGGCAGGACAUAUGGGCUGCAAAUAACCCGAAGAGUCAGCAGGAAAGAAGGGCACUUGAAUCCACUCUAGAACCUCCGUUUACUUCGGAGAAUAAUAAAGAAAAGCUCAUAAAGAGAUUUAGUAAAGGAUUUAGUAAAGGAUUUAGUAAAGGAUUUAGUAAAGGAUUUAGUAAAGGAUUUAGUAAAGGAUUUAGUAAAGGAUUUAGUAAAGGAUUUAGUAAAGGAUUUAGUAAAGGAUUUAGUAAAGGAUUUAGUAAAGGAUUUAGUAAAGGAUUUAGUAAAGGAUUUAGUAAAGGAUUUAGUAAAGGAUUUAGUAAAGGAUUUAGUAAAGGAUUUAGUAAAGGAUUUAGUAAAGGAUUUAGUAAAGGAUUUAGUAAAGGAUUUAGUAAAGGAUUUAGUAAAGGAUUUAGUAAAGGAUUUAGUAAAGGAUUUAGUAAAGGAUUUAGUAAAGGAUUUAGUAAAGGAUUUAGUAAAGGAUUUAGUAAAGGAUUUAGUAAAGGAUUUAGUAAAGGAUUUAGUAAAGGAUUUAGUAAAGGAUUUAGUAAAGGAUUUAGUAAAGGAUUUAGUAAAGGAUUUAGUAAAGGAUUUAGUAAAGGAUUUAGUAAAGGAUUUAGUAAAGGAUUUAGUAAAGGAUUUAGUAAAGGAUUUAGUAAAGGAUUUAGUAAAGGAUUUAGUAAAGGAUUUAGUAAAGGAUUUAGUAAAGGAUUUAGUAAAGGAUUUAGUAAAGGAAUAAGUAAAGAAUUCAUUAAAGAAUUCAAAUUCAGUAAAGAAUUCAGUAAAGAAUUCAGUAAAGAAUUCAGUAAAAAAUUCAGUAAAAAAUUCAGUAAAAAAUUCAGUAAAUAUUUCAGUAAAGAAUUCAGUAAAGAAUUCAGUAAAGAAUCCAGUAAAAUUUCAGUAAAUAAUUCAGAAAAUAAUUCAGUAAAGAAUUCAGUAAAUAUUUCAAAUUCAGUAAUAAAAGUCAGUAAAGAAUUCAGUAAAAAAAUUAGUAAAGAAUUCAAUAAAGCAUUCAGUAAAGAAUUCAGUAAAGAAUUCAGUCAAGAAUUCAGUCAAGAAUUCAGUAAAGAAUUCAGUAAGGAUUCAGUAAAGAAUUCAGUAAAUAAUUCAGUAAAUAAUUCAGUAAAUAAUUCAGUAAAUAAUUUAGUAAAUAAUUCAGUAAAUAAUUCAGUAAAUAAUUCAGUAAAUAAUUCAGUAAAUAAUUCAGUAAAUAAUUCAGUAAAUAAUUCAGUAAAUAAUUCAGUAAAUAAUUCAGUAAAUAAUUCAGUAAAUAAUUCAGUAAAUAAUUCAGUAAAUAAUUCAGUAAAUAAUUCAGUAAAUAAUUCAGUAAAUAAUUCAGUAACGAAGUCGGAAUGCACAAAUCAUUGCAUUAAAAAUUAUAGCAAACAUCUUUAUAACAUAAAGAACAACACCUGGACCGUUUCUUUAAAGGUAAGGAAAUAUUUAACAGGUGAUAUCUUACAAAAAUUGGUAAAGGCAGCACAAUUCGCGAUUUACACUUAUAAAGAUGGAAGCGUUGCACAACUUAAACAAGAUUUAGGAAAUAGUAUAACACAUGUUUUAUGUAAUCAUGUUAACUGCCAAAGAGAAAUUUGCGAUGUUAACAACGAUAUUAACAAACAUUCCGAAUUCACAUCAUCAGGAGCUCACCACCAUAUAUACACUGCAUUAAAUUUACUUUUAACAAAAGCACACCUUCUUUUAGCCAACAGAACAACCAAUAAAGCAGAAUCAUUUACGAAUAUUAUUGCUCGUUUCAAUAUGGGAAAAGGAUUAAAUAUCAUUCAAAGGAACGGUUUCCAAAGUAGGUGUGUUUUGAGCGCUCUUCGUUACAAUAAUGGAGUUAAUUGGUACAUCAAAAUUUGAAAGCAAUGCUUUAAUAUAGAAGCACCCCAUUUUCCAAGAAAAUGGG